AUGUCGAAUACCGGGUUAGAAGAGAAAGUAGAAAAAAUGAAUGUUGAAGAAAGGGAGGCUAAAGGUCAGAAAGGCGGCAAAAAGACUAAAGGAGAGACAAGGAAGAAGGAAGAUCUUAGCGCCUUUCCACUUGAAGUAAGUGAGUUGAUGAUCAUUUACGCUCGAUUGCAUGUUUGUGUCACUCCCAGUAAUUUGAGUUUAAUAUUCCAAGUUUUUGGUAGAAAUGGCUUAUUGACCUUUUCCACUGUGCUCCCUGCUCUGUUAGGCAUGUCUCACGAAAAGCCUCAUCACUAAUUUUUCCAGGCCAAGGGCAAAACUAAGAGUAGUGCUUGCUUAUUCGUCGUCACGUGCGACGAGCUGGAAUUAAAGAAUAUUGAGCUUAAACUUAAGCUUAUCAUCGUUGAACAUCAUUGAAUCUCUGAAAAAAUCGGAAAGAUCGCCAAACAGCCACAUGAUUUAUUAUAUAUGCAGCAAUUUCAUACUAAUAAUACAAAUAAUGAUUAUGAAUGGCGUAAAAUCUACAAAUCUAUAAUUUGCAUCAGGUCAAGGUCCUGAUGCAAUGUUUUGAUCUUUUACAGCAGAUAAUUGAUGUACACUGUAGUUCCAGAAUAGUAUUUGCAAAAUGUCUGGAAGGGAUGACUCUAACAGGGAGGGUACAAUUUGCGAAGAGGCUUAUAUAAUUUUGGGGGGUUAAAUUUUGAAAAUGCACAAAAUGUAGAGGGGGAGGGGUUCGAAAGUAUUUUAAUGUACAAGACUGGCAUUCUAUGUAGGAGUAGGGUCUGGUAGGGGUUGUCUUCAUCUCGAAUCACGCGUUAAAUUUCCGUACAUUCACGAAUCACUUUACCUUUUGGAGUCGUUUCACAAAUCAUGUGAUUAGGUGAUGAACUGAUCAAGUCCAUCAAUGAUUCUUAGUGGUUGCUGGACUACUGCAGUGAAACCUCUAUUAAGUGGACCCCCAAUUAAGUGUACACCCUCUAUUAAGCAGACACCGGGCCCUGAAAUUAAAAAAAAAGAUGCGGAUAAUAAAAUAAAUUGUAUUUGGCUGAAUUUCUAUUGUUAAAACUUCCAUUGAGCAGACACCGGACUGAAUUGACAAUAGUAGCAUUGGAUUACGUCCUUAAAAUACGUACUGUAGUCGAUUAAUAAAGAUAAAUCAGUACAUUUAGCUGUCAGAAGUUCACCUAAAAGUCUUGCACAAAGUACAGCACAGCUUCCUUAGCAUCCUUAGCUUCCUUAACAGCAUAAAACUUUAUCACAGCACAGAGUAAAAUUAAGCGGACUCCCUCUAUUAAGUGGACACUUGGAAAUGACACUUAAACAACCCUGUGAUAGGAAGGAAACAAAAAGUCUGGUAAUCAAACUUGCAUUUCUUUACUUUGUGUUUGAUGAAGUUACAAAGUUGACUGGUAAUGAAUUAUAUUUCUAUAAAACUGAAGCUCAACAAUUUUUCACUCUUACUUGGUCAACCUCGAACCCCUGUCAUGACACUUACAUCAUGUUUUAUCGGUAGAAAUAUUGAUUUGUGAACUACAAUGUUAACAGAUCACACAUCACAGUGAAUGUAUAAUUCACGAAUAUUGACUGUAUUUCAUGAGUUUUCCUUAUUCACGCUGUGGUUAUCCAGACCCCAUAGAAGUUGUCAAACUAUAUUAUGAUUGAAGGAAAUCCAUGUUUCCUUCAAGAGUAGUAAAAAAAAUUUGCACCUGUAGUUUUUCGACUGUAUACAGUACUGUUCAAAAGUGAGUGGACAGUCGGUUGUUCUUGAUUCUUGAUUCCUGUGCAAAUCGAGAAUCGAGAACAAGCUAUUGAGAAUCGAGUCAAGGUUUGAGUCUCAAAAGACAGAAAACAAAAGAUUCACCCACGACUGAUGUCUCGAUAAUUUUUUGAAGACAUACAGCUGUAACACAACACAGCAUGGUUUAUUCAUGCACAAACUGUCUUUAUGUUCGAAACAAGACCAAUUCAAGUUUUAAAGUGAAUGUUUCUUCAAGGACAUCUGUAUCAAGCUUCAUUUCCUCAAGUACAGUUUCAAAUGUUUGCUCCAAAUGCAAACAAACAGUGUAUACUCGUGUACAAACAAGAAGAUAAACAACAGCAUGUUUUUUUUAACGUCAAACGAGUCUGGGCUUAUCUGGCUGCUUAGCAUGAUAAAGAUCAGCUGUGACAUACAUGUCUGUCUGAAACCUGACUAAUCUUUGGCUCUGAAAUUGCAUUUGUGAUCUUUGAAAACUUUCGAGAAACAAUACUUUUAAUUAUACUAGGAAAUAUAGUGCAUCAUUUAAUCAUCGUCAUCUCUUAUAAAAUUGGGUUUGUUUUUUCGGUGAUGAAACAUGAUAUGCAUAGACUUCUUUGUGGCCUAGCAUGUGACUGCAACUACCACUGUGAUGAAAAAUUGCGCGAUGUUAAUUUCAAAAGCGAGACUGUAUAUUGUUUAAAAACUUUUGGAGGUUUCUGAAGUUUUCUGAAGCUUUAUAUGUAUAGUCAAAUCGAAAACUUUUAUGUAUGCAGUUAUGUCUCAAAAAAGCGAAGGCUGCCUGAGAUGCUAUCGCGUAUUGGGAAAAUAGCAAAUCAGGUGAAAUUACAAGUAAAGUUUCCAGUGAAAAAAACACCCUGACUGUAGUCACCAAUGAGAGACAUUCAACUGUGAUAAUGCCGAUGGACGUUCACAAACAGGCAAUAGAAAAAAGAAAUUGGCAAGUAGAAUUCGAAAGACAAGCUGAAGAACAAAAGCAACGAGAAGCACCCUUGAGACUUUGUUUAUACAAGCUUCCUUUUAUUUUGGAUUUUACAGAUAAAAAGUUAUGGAUUGCUUUUAAGUUCAACUUGUGAACUGACAACUUCUGCUAUUUAAAUUAUGCAAAAUGCCAUUUGAACUUUUUUAAGGUUUUGACGCAAAGUAUCACCCAAACUGUGCAAAUGAAUUCAACUGCAACUGUUUCUUGAAUUUGCAGAGUUCAGGAAUUUCUUGCAAUAAUCAAAUGCUAAGAAGAGUUUGUUAUUUUAUAGAGUAGAAAGAUUUUUUCUGAAGUGAGAGAAAUGAGAGAAGAUCACUCAAAACUUGAACAAAGGUUGUAGAUUCUUGCUACAAUCGAGUAUCAAGAGUAGAGAGCAAAUUACUUGAAACUUAACAAAGGCUGUUCCGGGUUUGGUGAGUCUCGCAGGAAUCGAGAAUCAAGACACAGCAAUAGAAAAUCGAUUCUCGACUCAAUUUUCAAUUCUGAAUUGAGUGUCAACUUACUUUUGAAUGGUACUGUACAUAAGUAGAAUUAUUGAGCCCACUCUGGUGAAUUGCACAAAACCCCCGGGGGUUACUAAAAAUGGCCUGUGGAAAACACAGGAGAUGACAUUUCCAAGACCCUAAAUUUAAGGAUUUUCUUGGUAUCAUGCCCCUAGACCCUCCAAGAUAUGGGGCACUUUUGGCACUCUUACUUUUCUUCCCAUGCAUACACCUUCAAAAUCUCACACUAUUCCCCUGGCAUCAAGUAUCUUGAAAAAAACAAAUUAUCUGAAAACUUGGUCUAGAAGGGGUUUUGGGGGGAGGGGGUGCAUUUUAAAUAUUGUUAUUGCCAAUGAGGGUUUUAAAAUUAUUUGGGGGGCUAAAGUUUUGAUGCACCACACUUUUCUGAAAACCCUUGCCCCCCACCCCCCCUGGGAAGUAAUAAACGAUUGUUCCCUAAGGCUUUUUCAAUACACCUCAUCAUUAAUUUACUGAAGUUGCACAUUACAUAUUGUAAGUGUGAUGUGAAACAUUAUGAUCUUUAUGUUGUAUCCUAGCCCGUUGAUGUGAAAUACAAACACCACUUACAAACACAAAUGAGUUUUUAGGAUGAGAAGAUUUCUAUGCCCUCUCCAGCUAUAACUGAAAAAACUUUGUGUCAUUUAAAAUGUAAUUAACACUUCAUCUAUCACUGAACUUCAUUUGAUUGAUAUACUUUUGCGGAUAUUCUAAUAUGCAUAAAAUUAUGUUGUAUUUUAGUUGAAUCCACGACCAGCCUUCAUAGAAGAAAGAAUAGUUUUAUUUGACAAACUAAAGGCACAGUAUGAUGCACAAAUUGAAGGUACUUGUAGCAUGUCAUAUUUUUCUUUUAGUCUGGUAUUUAAGAGAUUUUUUUAUGCACGAUGAAUAAAUUGAUAGACCCUACACAGGGUGCAAAGAAAGUCAUUUUUACAGCUUGCCAUUAGCGCAAGCUGAAGCUAGCAUUUACUUGUCCAAAUGUCAUUUCAACUAGCCCCCCAAAUUUUUUGAUGAGCAGAAUUGAUUUCACAGUUCUUCUGUAAGUUGAAUUCCUCAAAAAAAGCCACUUGCCCAUCGGGCAAGUUAAGAACAGAAUUCACUAGCCCGAUAGCAAAAUCCACCAGCCCCGGGCUAUUGGACACUACUUUCUUUGCACGCUACUACAUUGGAUAUUAUCCCAGGGAUAGCCUUAGGUAAUAGCUGGUUACUGGCUAAUUUUACCAGCUGAAAAAGACCUUGCCACUACCGCAAAUUUCUCUCAAAAACAAAGACAUGAGGUGCAGUUGACUGAAAAGUUGGCUUGACCAAUAAAAAAACCUGCUUAAUGAUCUUUUCGUCAGCUACAUCCCUGUUUUCCCUAGAAACUCUCUAAAUCUACUGAACACUGCUUUAUCUGGCAUCCAUAACUAUCCUCAACAGCUCAAAAUGUAAAAUGAAAUCCAACUCGGUGUAGAGAAAUGUUUACUAACUUUUUACCUAAUUCUGACUUCUUGCUAAGACCAGGCACAAAAGGUAGUAAUUUAUUAGAACAUGUGACAAACUACAAGAUCUUAAGAGUUUUUGUAGGGUGUGAAAACAGGCAACAUUUGGUGAUGCCACCAAUGGUUUCCCCGUGAAAUGACGUCUCAGAAACGAGCAUAGAAAUUCCUUACUGAUAACGCUUCACUACCCAGAUUUGUUGCGCUGCUUGUGAAACUUGCUUCAACCAAGUAUGGAAUUUCUGUGCUUGUUUCUCAGAUGUCAUUUCGCGGUUAAACUGUUGGUGGGUCGUGAAAUGUCAUCUGUUUUCUCAAGCUAGAGUUUUUAAGGACAGUGACCUCAAGUGGAAUUGCCAUGUCAAAUGCAAAUGUUGUUCAUUUUUUAUAAACUAUUAUCAUGAUGUUGAUGAGGGUGAUAAUGAUGACAAGGAUGAAAGUGCUGAUGGUGGUGUUGGUAGUGAUUUUAACAUUGAAAAAUUUUCAAUAUUUUCAUGAAAUAAUAUUAAUUUUUAAUACAGUAUUAGUAUUAUAUUUGUAUUUGUAUUUUAUUUAUUUGCCACGCAGAUAAUACUACAAGAACAAAAAAGACUCAAAAAUAGCAGAAAAAAUUGCAAGGAGGCCUAAAGGAAACUUUUUAGCUUAUGUUAAUUGGGCCUCCUCAAUUUCAAUUUUUCAUUUUUUUGUUAUUUAAUGACAAAUAAUUUCAUUUAAUUUUAAAAUGUCUUUUUUCUUUACAGCCAAAGAGAAAACACCCAUCAAAAUCACUCUGCGUGAUGGUAAAGUCGUAGAUGGUCUGGCUUGGAAGACUACACCUUAUGAAAUUGCUGCCUCAAUAAGGUAUGGAUGUGAAUUUUUUUAACCAUGAUCAUUUCUCACAGGAAGCCAUGAGGAAUAUAAAAAUAAUUAUUUAUAAUACAUGUAUCACAACAUCAACUGAAUAUGAUUUUUACAGUGAUAUUUUUACUGUAAAUAUCAGUAAGUUAAUAUCUGGAAAUCUACUUAACUUUCCCUUAUGUCUCUAUUCCUUUUGUUAGCCAAGGUCUUGCUGAUAACACUGUUAUUUGUAAGGUUAGUGGUGAGUUUGUUUGUUAGUUUUGUGUUAUAAAACAAUUUCAUUGCAAUACUAACAAGAACUUAGAACUUACAUAUGUCACAUUUACUAGUUAAGCUACUGUCUUUCCGAAAAUGUCUAGGAAGCUGAAUAAUCUGAUAAGUAAAUUGCUAAAAUGUAUGGUACUGGCUGACUUUGUUUAAAUACAUUGUAUACUUUUCUGUCAUUUUUUAGGUCAAUGGUGAAGUAUUUGACUUGGACAGAGUACUUGAAGGAGAUUGUUCCUUAGAAUUCCUGAAUUUUAAUGAUGACGAAGGUAACUUAUUUUUGUUUUUGAAUGAUGCCAAUCUUUAUAUGGCCUAAAAUUAAUCAUCUCUGCUGCACCUAGUUUGAUUGGAUGUGCAUCAUUCCGCAGAAUGGAAUGUUACAUGUUUGACUCCCAGUUGAACCACUGUACACUCAGUAUCAACAUCGUCAAGUGUCAGCACUUUUGUCUGCUGUUGUAUGGCAUAAUUCUGUAAGCAGAGGUGUCAGUAGAAGUUGAAGUGGCCAGCAGGUGUGAAUAGAGUAACCGACUGUAUCAACCAGUAGACCCCUACAGUGUUCCAGAUAAGAGAUGGUUCAAUGACCCGACAAAGCUGGCUUCCUGACCCAACAGAGUUAAAUAUAACAAAAAAAUUAACACAUGGUCUUGGUGACCUGUCGGAUGGUCUACAUGACCCCCCGCUUGAAAGAAUUAACUGAAACGCUGCCCCUUCUUCUAUAUCAAAACCUGAAAAUUGGAUUUCAAGUUUUGUAGGUACUAAAAUUAUUGAGUACAAAAGGUAAAGGAAGAUUUCUCCUCAUAAGCAGCAAUUGUUUUUGGUAAUUAUAUGAUACUGAUCAUCAAUGGGGGUGGAGCGGGAGGGGGAGGGAGGGGGGAGUCUUAAGUCUGGGUGUACUGAGUACAGUUAGGGUUAGCAUUUUUUUUCCGAGUAUUGCACGCAUAUAUUGUAUAGCUUUAAUAAGUCUUAUUAAGUCCCAAUUUAUAGCACAUGUCAUUCUUCGUUUCAGCUAAAGCUGUAUUUUGGCAUUCAAGUGCACAUAUUAUGGGUGAAGCUAUGGAGAGGCAUUAUGGAGGUCACCUGUGUUAUGGACCUCCAAUAGAAGAGGGCUAUUACUAUGACAUGUUCUGCGAGGGAAGGUUUGUGUCCAUUAUUUAAUGUAUUAUUUUUCUGUAUUAAAGGAUUUAAAGGCAAGAUCUCUUCAGUCGUUUCCUGUCGCACAUACUAAUGGUGCUUCAGUUACAUGUACAUACAUUUUAUAUAAAAGACAGGAGCUGCAAUCUACACAAAUUUUGAUUCAGUCAUACACGUACAACUGUACACGUACCGGCUGAUCAAUUCACGCAUUAACUUAUUUGAUAAAAGGAAUUGUGUGAAGUUAUGUAGUUUGGUUGUCAGGCUUCACCAGGUAUUCUGCUUUCAGUUUGAUAUCUUUCAUUCAAUUUCAACUCAGUGUUGGCUCAAGGAAAACUUCUAAAAACAUCUUAAUUAAACCUUCUGUAUAGAGCAUCUGCAAAUUAGUGCACAAUAAUUGCGUUCGAAUCCUGCAGAGUUGCAAAGACAUAGUCAGCGUUUUUGAUUGGCUAGUUUCUUACACAGUUUGUGAUUAAUCUGAUUUGAAUUAAGUGUUGACAGGCCAAACACGACUAAAAGCUUGUGACAAGAGAGAUUGAGCUUGUGAUAUUGUAAAACGUGACCUAGAGUCAGCUUGAACAACAGAGGUUUCCUUGCUCUCUUUUUGCGUGGUCUGUUUUGCAUGGUCUGUUCCAUGCAUAUUGAGUAAUUAGUUCCUGUGGUUUAUGUUUCGGCAAAUGUUUUUUGACAGGUUUUGAUCACAGAUGCAGUUUACCAUUAAAUGAUUUUCUUUUACCUUUGUUUAAGCCUUAAGCUUUUUUGAGGAGGUUGCUAAAUAACCUCAGUUUCUUUGGUUUUCUCUGAAAUGCCUGGACCUGAAUAGUUACAUGUGUGUAGUUUUUUUGGCCAUGAACAUCAUGAUUUCCCGAUUUGUUUUGACGCUAGAACUGCGAGGCUAGAUUGCGGAAUACUAUAUGGCAGAGCAUCUGCAGCAAUUGGAAGACGCUGGAAAACCAGUCGGCAAAUUUACAAGCAAAUUCUGGCCUUGAAGGAAUUCUCUCAAAGCGUUUUUUUGUUCAGAAGAAGGCUUUAAAGUUCGAACUGCUGUUACAUUGUUUACAGUGAAUGAUCCUUGCUAACUCCCCUCUGUGAAUUUUGACAUGUCACUGAGCCCAAUUGUCACAAACACGUAAGAAUUAGGCCAAUCGUGAGGCACAUAAGAAACCUGCCUAUCAGAAACGCUCACAUAUGUCCUUGCGACUCUGCAGGAUAUUAGAACGAGCUUUUGUGCACUAAUCUGCAGACGGGCUAUAUGGUUUUGACGAGUGCGCGGGCCGGCUGCAAUGCAGGCAAGGUUAUUGAGUGUUGAGAGUAAAGAAAUAUACAUUGUAUAUUAUCCCAGGUGUGUUAGCUUUAGUUUAGUUUUGUAUUUAUUGUUUAAGAGAAACAUACUUUUUGCAUUUGGAUCAUUGUUUCAAUUAUUUCUGGAGAAAGAUGUCGCUAAAAUUGCUGCUUUCUGUCUUGCCGUAUGGAACAGACAGGUGUCUUCUAAUGACUACCCAUCUCUGGACAGUCUGACAAAAUCCAUUGUAAAGGAAAAACAGCCAUUUGUCAGACUUGUGAUGACAAAGGAAGAACUUUUAGAGAUGUUUAAGGUAAUCCUACUGCCUAUGAGGGCCACAUUUGCUUCUGAUUUAGCCAUAUUUACCUCCCUUGCACCUUCAUGCAGUGUAAUAUUAUUGAGGACGUGUAGUAGAAGUAGAUUAAUUUGUUUUCUCUACUUGAAUGUUCAAGUCCUCAAGUAGCAGCUCCAUUAUUUAGCUUCAUUAACCAUUUAAGUUUCAAACUUGACCAACAUCUAUGUUCUUCUAACAAUGUACAUAAAUCAUCAAGAGAAAAGGUUAUGAGUAGUAAUAAAAUGAUCGCCAAAUGGAAACUGCUUUAAGACGGAAUCCAUCAGGAAACUGAGUAAUUUUAAUUCUCAGUGGACGAAAAUCUUGUACCAGAAUAAUUUAAAGAAUGUUGCGUUCUUUUAUACAUUUUCAUGGCCUAAAUAUGUAAUAAGUCUUCUGUAAUAACACCAAAGAAAAUUUUUCAUGGGAGUCUGAGAAAAUGAAUGUCAAAUUUCACAAGAAUAAGAUGCAAUUUUGUGAGAUUGGAUAUUCAUUUUCUUGGGUUUCUGUACAGAUGACUAAUCACAUCUUUAGCCCUUGAAAAAUGUAUAAAAGAAUGCAAUAAUGCUUUAAAAUAUUCUGGUACAAGGUUUUUUCCUGGUGGAUUCCAUCUUAAUCUUUCAUCAAAUUGUCUGAAAACUCGUCAAGGAAAUGUAUUGAGAUCAGUUUAGAGAGUUUGUAUGUGGAAUUUGGGGCUUAAUUAAGGGAUAAUAAGCUCUGAAAUCAAAGAGGAAUCACCCUUUUUACUUCAUCAAUAUUUGCUUGUUAUUAUUAUAAGGUUAAAUAAUUUCUUGCUGGUGCUGUUGUUAUUUUAGUACAAUGAAUUCAAGUGCAGGAUUAUACGGCAAAAAAUAAAUACUCCAUCAACAACUGUGUACAGGUGGGUUUAUUUCAUAGGGUUUAGAACUUGCAGACAUCUUAACCUGAUCUCGGAUAUAUUAAUCCCUAUCAAGCUCUUUCAUCCAUGCGCAUUGUUAUUAAUUUCCAUCCUAUUUGUACAAAAUUAUCUUGAAGUAGAACACCUCAAAAUGGUACUUUGUUAAUCUGAGAAAAAAGAGUAACAGUGUUUUUUUUUUAGGAGGAUGGAGAAGACCAAUGUGGAUAAGAAAAGACAAAAAUUAAUCAAAACUUAAAAAACUUUGGUUAAGUUUUUUUCUACAUGCAAGACAAUGCAAUGCAAGUUUAAUCUUAAAAUUUUUCCCGUAACAAAAUUAAUGUUCUGAUAUACCAUGUCUUUAGAAAUUAAAGGGUUCAUAAAUCUGGCUGCAACUUUCAGCUUUGCAGCCGACAUCUUGCCACCAUAGUAAUAAUAAAUUAUAACUGUAUACAAGUAUCUUGAAUUGGAGAAAUUAAUCUAAUUACGGUAACUUCUUGUUCUUGAAGGUGUGGUCCUUUGAUUGAUUUGUGCCGAGGACCUCAUGUGCGGCACACUGGCAAAAUAAAGGCUAUGCAAGUCACAAAGGUAUGUUUAUGAUAGUAAGUACCGUAAUAUAAUUUUCAUUUUUCCAUAGGAAUUCUUACACAAGAGAGAAAAAAGCCAAAUCUUGACACUAGAGUAUUGUAUAAUGCUACUGUACUACAUGUAAAUCCCUUUGAAUGUCAAAAAUGGGUUUUGUUUUUUUAUUAUCAGAAUUCUGCUACAUACUGGGAAGGGAACUGUGAGGCAGAGUCUCUUCAGCGGUUGUAUGGAAUCUCAUUUCCAAAUGAAAAGCAGGUAAAUUACUUGUUAAUAUAUUUUUCCAAAUUCUCGUAUUGGCAGAUCAGACAAGAUAAUAGUUCUCUUAACCACAGAGUACGGGUUACAAGUGUGAUUACUGUGUUUGCAUCUACAAGCAAUUUAUCUGUCAAUGUAUAGUUUUGUCAACAUCAUAAGGAACCUUAAGAUUUUAAGACGAGGACGACUACGAGUACAUGACUUUCUCAAUACUACAGCUGUAUUGGGCAAUUCCAGAAAAUAUCCAUACCCAACCACAGAUGGCUUCCAUGUUUUAACCCCCCCUUGCCUUCGGAAAUUCCGUCUGUCAGUGUGCACGAAAAGUGUUCUAAUCUGACAGGCGUUCCUUGGAAGCGAGGGACUGGUGCAAGUUUUUUACUGUUCAUCGAACGGGAGUAACAAGAAAUUUGCAAGCGGUAUUAAAGAUACAUUUUCAGUUUUUAUUCAUGUGACAAGAAAUUCAUCAAGGUAAAUGUGAAACCAACGUUUUACUGUUCACUUCAUAAGCAUGAGCGUAAACACGUGUCUGAUCUAUCAAUGCUUGUCUUCUGCUUCCGCGGUCAUACAUGCGAGUGGUUUAUUUACGAACUACAAAAGUCCACAACAAUAGCGUUUUCAAGGAACUCACUCUACACUUUCUACUCCAGAAAUCCCACCUGUGGAAUUCCCCCUGCCUUUGGAUUUCAAAUCGUAAAUACCCCCCAUGCCCUCAGAAUUCCAUAAUCGUGAACCCCCCCUCCCCUUCGGAAAUCCUAAAAGCCGUCCGUGGUAUAGUAUGGAUAGUUUCUGGAAUCCCCCAUUUAGUGCUCACAGGUGACCCAGUGUCAUUUUGGCAGGAAAACAUGAUAGUGGUCAUCAUUCUACUGCGAGUUUUGAUGAGAAUAUUGUGGUGGUGGAAACAAGUUAUCAAAUGUUUGAAGUUCUAUGUUGCGAUCAGAAAAGGGCUGUACCUCCUUAUUACGAUAACAGUGCUAAAUUUUCAGGUGAAACAAAGUACAAUGAUGCUUUCUGGGGUAUCUAUAGUUUGACAAUAUGUGAAAAAACUUUAAAUCAAAUCUUGUCCUCGAAUUUAAAGGUCUCUGUUCUGUCUACUCUGGAUGAAUUAAUUAGCAAUGAAUGAAUGAGGCUGAGUACCGUGUAGCAUGAAAAUUUUGUGGAUUGACCUCCAUCUGCAAAAAUUAGUUCCCGCAGAAAAAAAAAAACCCACAAAAAUUAACUCCCUCCAGUCAAAUUAAAAACUCUGCUUUUAAUGGACUUGUUGUGUAUGGUAGGGAUAGGCUUUUGUUUUGUUUUGCUGUUGUUCAGUCCCUUUGUGCAGUAAGAUAUUACAGUGAUUACCGUAUUAUUCUCCAUUACAUAUGUACGUAGAGUGAACUUUGACUCAACANAGUCAAAUUAAAAACUCUGCUUUUAAUGGACUUGUUGUGUAUGGUAGGGAUAGGCUUUUGUUUUGUUUUGCUGUUGUUCAGUCCCUUUGUGCAGUAAGAUAUUACAGUGAUUACCGUAUUAUUCUCCAUUACAUAUGUACGUAGAGUGAACUUUGACUCAACAUACCAUAAAAUAAUAGUUGAAAAUACCAUAUUAAGGUUUCUUCCACUUAAAUAUUCUGCUACUUGAACAGAGAAUCGCAAAAAUUGGUUCCCACCAGAAAUUUCAGUCAUCUCGAACCGCAAAAAUUUGUUCACGCAAACCACAAAAAUCGCCAAUCCCCAAAAUAAAACUCCUGCAAAAUUUUCAUGCUACACGGUAGGAUAUGAAGAAUUAAGCAGACCGAGGAGGGUGUUACCCACUUCAGCCUUUGGCCUUCAGCCUCGGUGGAUAACACCCUCCUCAAUCUGCUUAAUUUUUCAUAUCCUACAAAGGCUGAAUUUAUUAAUUGCUUUAUUAUUCAUUUAAAAUAAUUCCUAGUUUAAAAACAUAGCUAAAACAUGCUUACCUGUAUCGAUGUUAACUUCAUCUUUGAUAGUGUACGUUUACGUUUGUCCAGCUCCGCAAAUAUUCUCCAAAUAGCAGACGUUGCCCUCCGAGUUGUCUUCUUGCUGUUUUUGUCAUGUUUUGAGCUAUUAUUUCGCCUAGCUCCAGCUGUAGUUCUUACUCUUGAAACAAGUGAAAUGUCCACCAUUUUUUUUCCACAACCAAAACAACGCAACCUCUUCCCCAGGUCUUCUUGGUAACGGUGCCUUAACCUGUAGCGGGCUGCAUUUUUGACGUCAUUUCCUCAUUAAACACUUUUGGUCAUCAGUAACUGGUUAUGCGUGUGCUUUUAGCUGAUCAGAAUUGGGGAAAUAUUUUGAAUGAAUAAUACAGUUUAACUAGCCAGUAAGAUGGUGGUCCCGCUAUCUCAUGCUCUCAGGAAAAGUGUCUUGGCAGGCAAAUAAAAUAAUAUUAAAUUAUUAUAGUGCUCCAGAGCUCGCAGAUUAAAAUAGAUCCAAUUUGCUAAUCUUCAUCAUCAAUUCUAAUCUUUUCCAUUAUAAUUAAAAAAUUCCUUGCAAAAAGAAAAUAAAGUACGUGUACAAUAAUUAAUAAUAAUACAUAAGUAAAUAAAUAAAUAUCAAAUAACAAAUACCCUGGAAGCUGAGGCUACAUUUUCGCUGUGUGAGCUGUCGUGCGAAAAGUAGCCACUGCCGACAACCGUUCAAAUCCGUCCAGAAAUCUGGGCUAAUAAAUUUAAAAAACGGGUUUUUUUCUGUUCUUGACCGGUUUAGAGCAUUGUGUGAGUCCUGCGUGUAGCAGAUCACAGUUAUCGCAAUUUUUUAUUCCCGCAAAACUUGUGCCAUUUGAUGACAGACCUGACAAUAAUAACUGUGCUUGCGAAUCACUUGACAAAUUUUGCGCAUGCACAAUAGAAAAUUGAACUGUUGUCGGCAGAGGCUACUUUUUUCACGACAGCUCACACAGCGAAAAUGAAGCCUCUGCUUGCAGGGUAAAUAACAAAUGGCUCUUUUUCCAAACUAGAUGAAAGAAUGGAAGAAAUUUCAAGAAGAAGCUGCCAAAAGAGAUCACAGAAAACUAGGAAGGGUAUGUUUGGGGCAUUUUUGAAUUUGCAGACUUUUUAGAUUUAUAUUUUUUAUUUUCUUUAACAGCUCUAUGCACAUGUACUUUCUUCAAAUUAAUAUGACCAGUUAUGUUACUACAACACAGCUGUGACAGUGUGUACCAUUACUUUUCCUGACCAACUGUGGGACUUAUUCAACCUAUAAAAUAAUCAUUGGUAAAGUUUGAUCUUAUGCACAGUUUUCUUUCAACAGGAUCAUGAACUGUUCUUCUUCCACGAGUUGAGUCCUGGAAGCUGUUUCUUUUUGCCCAAAGGGGCUCACAUUUACAACACUCUGAUUAACUUUAUCAAGGUCUGUUAUUAUGCACCUGCCCAUAUGCUUUGUUUUUAUGUUUUUAACAGAUGUCUGUAUAUUUUAGGUUUUGUAGAGUCAUAUAAAAUAAUUCUAACCAGUUUAAGUGACCCUUUUAGUGGAGGGAUGAGAUCAUUAUACGUUUCUGGGAAUCUGCCCACCUACCCCUCCCCUAAGCCAACAUUUUGCUCUAAGUGAGAAGUAAACAUGUAAAAUGUUAAUGUUGGCUUAGGGGAGGGGUAGGUGGGCAGUUUCCCAGAAACGUAUAAUGAUCCAGGGAUUUUCCCUUGGUCAUAUGAUUUGGACAUGUUAGUAGAGUUUUGUGUUAUCCCAUGUUAUUUUAUAAUAUCAGAGUUUUCGCUAAAAUUAUUAUUUUUACUGGAAAUGAGCAUGAACACAAGAGAUGCAAAAAUCCAGAGGGGACGUGACCUCUUUCUUGGAAACGUUUUGUUAUGAAACAGAAACGCUGAAAGGCCUUUUGCAUUACAAGUCCCUGAUUUUUUUUUUUUUUGACCAGUGGUCUACAAAUACGGUGCAACCUCACAGAAUGCCAACAUUUCAUCGUAUCUUGUGAAAGUUUCAAACUUCAGUGCCCUUUUUUGUUGUGGUAUAAACUGCAUACAAGCCAUGUAGUUGGUUACUUAGGAGAGAUGGUUGUAAAUUAAUGCUGCUGUGUUUCUGUUAAUGUUGUUCCAGGAGGAGUACCGCAAGCGUGGAUUCCAGGAAGUUGUGUCGCCCAACAUUUACAGCACCAAGCUAUGGGAGACCUCUGGACACUGGCAGCAUUACUCAGUAAGACAUUAA